ACGCGCGUCGCCGCAAUCGCCGUUCCCGUGCUUCCUCGCCAGGGCAUCCCUUUCCUGCUCUCUGGUUGUGCCGGUGCACCCAGCGCGCCAUCUAGAUCCGCGCCUGGCGUCCGUGUGUGCUCAGGUUCGGAUUGAUGGCGGCGGUGGUGGCGGAGGAGGUGCUGCAGCACGUGGGACCCGACCCUCGAGCGGAACAGGCCAACAAUGCGGCGGGGCAAGACGAAUUUGGGGGAGACGACGAAGAGAUCCUGCGGUUCAUGGACUCGGCCGAUGGCUACCUCCUCCUGAUGGACUCGCUUUCCUCAGUUCUUCGGCAGGGUUGGUUUGAUCUGGCAAGCGCUCGUCACUCGAUGGGCGCAUCACGUGUUUCGAGUACCCUGUUUGAUCAUAAGGAGCAAUCUGCAGCCACUAAGCUGCAAGUGGAAUUUUCUGCAGAAUCGCAACCGUCAGAACCAAACCCGCAUUUUGCUUUGUCAAAGUGGUGCUUGCAAGAUGAAUCUGACUCCAGUGAUAUUGCUGCUGCACAAGAUAGUACUAAACCAAAAUUAAGGCACCGAGGAUCAGAAGCUACCCCAGAUGGUAGCAGUGAAUCAGACGCAACUACUGCAAAGUCUUCUACUGGUGCUGACAUCAGCAAUCAGGUUCAAAGUGCAAGAUCAAAAGCAUUAUCAGUCUUUGGAGCAUUGGUGUCUCCAAAACUACGAACAACCCAAGUUUCCUUUGAAACAGCACUGGAAUUACUUGUGGAGUUAGCAAAUUCAAGAUCAACUAUGCUCUCUAGUUUCUCCAAGAUAAAGCAUAAAUCUGGAGUUGCUUCCUGAGUUUGAGGUUUUGUAACCUUGCAUGCCAUCUCUUCUUUUUGUGGGAUCAGUGAUAUGUAAUCAGCAGCUCUUGUAGAAAAUAUUAUAAUCCUGUUUGAAAUGUGUAUGCAUAGUCAGCAAUAAGUUGAUGGCAACGUAUCCUAUGCAUCCGGUGCUUUUCUGUAUUAUCCUAUUCAUCCAUCUGUCCUCGGCCCUACGAUUACAAUGGCACGCACGAACAAUACAAUUCUGGGUAAUUUGCAUUUA